AGCAGCAAUGGCGGCGGCUGCUGCUGCUGCAGGAGGAGUCUGCUGCCGUGAGGGACAUCCUGGAUGUGUAACCUGUGACGACGGGCAGGUCGGCUCGUAGGGCCGGCAGGCUGAGCGACUUCUCCUCGAAAGCCGGCGCCGGUUCCUCAGAGGCUUCCUCGAAGGGGCGGCGCAAGCGGAGACUUUACUCGUACGCGGGCCAGCCAGCCUCGGGCAUUCCCAGCCCCUUCCCUGGGCUGGACCAAGCGCUGGGCAGCGGCGAGUGGAGGCCGGAUAUUGGUCACCCGCCUCGGGGCCAAAGGUCCCAACAGCCCUUCUCUCCGGCAGGCGCUGUUUUCCCGGCAGGCUUGAGCUACGAAACUACGCACCCCCCCACCCCCCGCCAUAUUCCCAGACGGGGCUAAGGAAAGCCUUGUCCCGCGCGGGAAUUGGGCAGCGGAGCCGAGCGCGAAAGGUGUGCUAGGAAGAAGGGAGACGAGAACCGGGCGGCCCUCAAGUCUGCGGGGCCGGAGGGGUCUUGGUGCUGCGAUCCCCCAUUGGGGUUCCUGAGGUGGCCCCAGCAAAGGACGUUCACUGCCACGUCUCCUCUUCCACGAACUGAAAACCGAGGAAAGAAGCCACAGGAGGCGGCGAGGGCGGUACCUUCCAGCCCUUCAAGGAUUUCGGAGAGGCCCACUGGGUCUGACCAUGAGGAGGGGCUAGGAUAGCCUCCGGGCUUGUCCCCGGAAUGAGACCCCGAGCCGUCACCUCAGCCUUCUCCCCGCAGAUUUCCAUAUGCAAUGGACACUGAUCUCAGCUCCCAGGACAGGAAGGACCUGGACAAAUUCAUCAAAUUUUUUGCCCUGAAGACUGUACAAGUGAUUGUCCAGGCCCGACUUGGUGAAAAAAUCUGUACUCGAUCAUCAUCCUCGCCAACAGGCUCUGACUGGUUCAACUUGGCAAUCAAAGAUAUCCCAGAAGUUACCCAUGAAGCAAAAAAAGCCUUGGCAGGACAGCUGCCUGCUGUUGGGCGGUCAAUGUGUGUGGAAAUCUCUCUCAAAACCUCUGAGGGGGAUUCCAUGGAAUUGGAAAUUUGGUGUUUGGAAAUGAAUGAAAAGUGUGAUAAAGAAAUCAAAGUUUCCUACACUGUGUACAACAGACUGUCUCUAUUACUGAAGUCUUUACUUGCUAUAACAAGGGUGACUCCCGCCUACAGACUCUCUAGGAAACAAGGUCAUGAAUAUGUAAUAUUGUACAGGAUAUACUUUGGAGAAGUUCAGCUGAGUGGUUUGGGAGAAGGAUUUCAAACCGUCCGUGUUGGGACAGUGGGUACUCCAUUAGGCACCAUCACUUUGUCCUGUGCCUACAGAAUCAACCUAGCUUUCAUGUCUACCAGGCAGUUUGAGAGGACCCCACCUAUCAUGGGGAUUAUCAUUGAUCACUUUGUGGACCGUCCCUACCCCAGCUCCUCACCCAUGCAUCCCUGCAAUUACAGAACAGCUGGUGAGGAAAACGCUUACCCAUCAGUGGAAGAUUCUCAAGAAGCCUGCACCACCUCUUUUUCUACUUCUCCACCAUCACAGUGUGUAUUUACUGUCACUAAAGCACAUUUUCAGACCCCUCCUCCUGUCGUGACGGAUACAUUGAAGGGCCCUUUGAUGGGGCUGACCUUUUCACAUCAACUCUCCAGCUCUCGUCUUUCUUAUCAGCCUGCAGCUCUGGGAGUUGGAUCAGCUGACCUGGCCUACCCAGUAGUCUUUGCUGGCGGCUUGAGUGCUGCACAUCCUCACCAGUUGAUUGUUCCAGGGAAGGAUGGAGGAGUGGCCUUGAUUCCUAGCCAACCAGUUCAUGGCACUCAGGCUGAUCAUGAGAGAAUGGCAACAUGCACCCCUUUGGAUGGGGGUCACUACUCUGCAGUUACUCCAACUAGCAGUGAGGACAUAGAAACUGUAUCUAACAGCAGUGAAGGAAAGAGUGGGUCCCCACAUGAUGUCUGGGAGACAAUAUUUGUGCGGAAGGUGGGAGCCUUUGUCAAUAAACCUAUCAACCAGGUGACCAUGGCCAGUUUGGACAUUCCUUUUUCUAUGUUUGCUCCCAAGAACAUUGAGCCAGAAGAUAAUGACCCCAUGGUGAAUCCUCCUGACUCUCCAGAAAUAGAGUCUCCCCUCCAGGGCAGCCUACACUCAGUGGGCUCCAGUGGCAGCAGCAAUGGGAACAUCCAUGACGAUUUUGUUAUGGUUGAUUUUAAACCAGCAUUUUCUAAGGAUGACAUCCUCCCAAUAGACCUUGGAACAUUCUACCGUGAAUUUCAGAAUCCUCCUCAGCUCAGCAGCCUCUCCAUUGACAUUGGAGCUCAGUCCAUGGCAGAAGAUCUGGAUUCUCUACCAGAUAAACUGGCUGUCCAUGAGAAAAAUGUCAAAGAAUUUGAUGCCUUUGUAGAGACCUUACAGUAAAGCAGCUUAUUCUACAGCAGCAUUGAACUUUUUAGACACCCUGGAAAAGGAAGCCCAUGCAUUCUGCCUUUCUUCUCUUAGUGUCUUGUUCUAUCCCCAUCCCCCAAUUUCGUAGGCACUAUUGCUUUGCUCUGUCAGGUGCAGAAACAGUGGUCUGUAUCUCUUUGAACUAGUCCUUGGGAAGGGUGUGACUUGCUUUCCUACCAGUGUGAGGUUCGUAUUGAAUACAGUGCAUUAGGAAACAAGAUCAAGGCCAGUUCUUCUUCCCUUUUCUCAUGUGUUGAGAGAAACCGAUGCUUCUUCCUCCCUCAACAGGGCUCUACAAUCUGGUUUCCAGGGGACAGUCUUUUUCCCUGCAUCUGCAGUAACGCCAAGCAGAAAUAACUCUGACUAAAUGUAACUGUCUUGUGAGCACUGUAGAUUCUGCUAGUGUAGUUCAAACACUGGCUUGCCUUCAGCAAGUGCAGCUAAAACGUAAGGGCAAGGGGCUGUUUUUCACCAGUGGUGCCCUAAACAAAGCAAACACAAUGUUGCACAUCUGUGUGUGGAAGCAAGAAUUGAGGGGCCUGACCUGAUUGCCUAGUGCAGUUUCAAAGUAAACCACAGAUGCUAAAAUAAUUGGUUUUUUGUAUAUUACCUGCCAAUACGGUGUGUUUCAAUAUAUUGCCUCCCCAAGACCACAAGCAUGGUCUGUGGCAUUUGGAGAAGAUCCAGAGUUUGUAGGCUGUGUUUACAGUCAGCAGUUGUAAAUAUGAAUUGGGAAUCCUAAUUCUCUAGGGUUAUUUAAUUUGGGGUGGGGGGGGUCUUUAGUCCAAAGUUCUUUCCUCUAUUCCCCUCAAAUGUUGCUGCUCUAUCAUAAAAUAAGAAAUAUUUAUUACUCUAAAGGAAACCUAUAUUUAAAAAAAUGUAUGUGGAUGUUUUCCCUUUGUAAAGUAGCCAUAUAGGUUGCUUUGUCCUUUGUCACUGCAAGUAUGUUGUUCCAAACAGCUCUGUCAUUUCCCCCACUCCCUUUUGCAGGGUAAACUAUAAUACUUAUUUUCAGAAACAGACAUGGUUAUGCUUUGAAAGUGAUCUCUUCUGGUGACUCGAUUUCCAUUCUGCCCUGUUGGGUCUGUGGAUGUCAUAAAUAAAAAUGCACAUGUUGAUGCUAUGGACUGGUAGAAAGUUUCUAAAAUGAUUGUCUCCGACAGGCUUAUACAUUCGUUGUGAUCUGCACUUAGUUAGAAAGUAGCUUUUUCAGACAAGCACAUUUUAAAGAAGUUUGUGGUACUUGUUUUAAUUGAUGGGGUUUUGAUUGGCUAAAAGUUUAUUUUUGUAAUGACUUAGCCAUUAAGCAGUGUGGUUGGCUGACAUUGCUAUGUGUUUGAUCUGUCUGCUCUGUUCUUCACCAAAUAUGGGGUAGGAAAAACAACACUAAGCAUCAGCUCAGGGAUAAGUUAGACUCUGGGCACAACUCCUUUCUUAUUUUUCACUAGAAACCAGGCUGAGAAUGCAAUCCUGUGCAAACUUUCUUGCGAGUAAAUCCCAUUAAACUGUGGAAGUUAAUUCUGAGGAAACAUGCUCAGGAUUGUACUGUAAAAUGCUGAAGACCAUUCCCUGCAACCUGUUAUCUUAUAAACUAUUUCUUAUGACUAUGGACAUGAAGGACCAUUUAUGGUUUCCUGAUUAAAGUAAUGAGAUGUUAA